UAGGCCAAAGAGGACUUGGAACUUUGCAGUCACUCUUCCCGACAGCCACAUCCACCGCUCUCCUCUCCCCUUCUCCUCACUUACAGCCCUCCUCUCCACUCAUCUGCUGCAACCCUUCCUUCAUCCGGAACCCUGAGCAAAAUCAGCCUCCUUCAUCCUCCCCAACAAUCAGCCCUCAUUAUAAUGGACAUCACAAGGAACAUCCUCUCCAACUCUGAGGCGCUCUACCACCUGAUCGUCAUGAUGAUGACACUAAGCCAAGGCAUUCAUUCACUGCCUGUUCCUACGCACAUUCCCAUGUGCACAGCCUCAGAAACUGCCCAGUACAGCUUAACGUUUAGCGGCAAGUGGACCCAGGCAGCUUUCCCUAAACAGUAUCCUGUCUACCGCCCCCCUGCACAGUGGUCUAACCUUAUUGGGGUGACCCACAGCUCUGACUACCACAUGUGGCAGCGUAAUGAGUUUGCCAGCAACGGAGUGAGAGAGUUCACUGAAAAAGGCGAGGCCUGGACGCUCAUGAAGGAAGUCGAGACGGCCGGCGAACGCAUCCAGAGCGUUUAUGGGGUCCUCUCCGCUCCCGCUGUUGUGGGAGGCACAGGCCAGGUCAACACUGAGUUUGAGGUCUUCGCCAGGCACUCCUAUCUGUCGUUUAUCGUGCGGAUCGUUCCCAGCCCAGACUGGUUUGUGGGUGUGGACGGUGUUGAUCUGUGCGAGGGUGACCAUUGGAAAGAGAGUGUGACGCUGGAGCUUUUCCCUUACGAUGCAGGAACUGACAGCGGGUUCACCUUCUCUUCCCCCAACUUUGAGACCAUCCCACAGGACAAAAUAACACAGAUCACCUCUUCUCUCCCUAACCAUCCUGCCAACUCCUUCUACUACCCCCGCCUGAAGCACCUCCCACCCAUGGCCAAGGUAACACUGACCAAGAUUAAGAAGACCAAUCAGAUCAUCAGCUUGCCUCUAGAGCCUACGCAAUCCAACCAAUUGCCAACAGGAAACGAGAUUGAAGACACACUCAUAAAUACCCCUCUGGACUGUGAGGUGUCAGUGUGGUCUCCCUGGGGGUUGUGCAAAAGCAAGUGUGGAGACUCAGGCGUACAGCACCGCACACGCUAUGUCCUAUUGCACGCAGCCAACAAUGGAUCGCCCUGCCCCCUGCUGGAGGAAGAGAGGAAAUGUUUCCCUGACAACUGUUUAUGACUAAGCCAGGAAAGGAGGGAAAAGAAGGAAAGGAAAGAGAGGAGAGACAAAAAAGAAAAGAAAACGAGGAAAGGGAGAAAAGGACGAAGACGAAGAAACAACAGUAAAAGAUCUGCAGUGUAUUCGCUGGAGGCAUAAAAUUCAUAAACUGGACUCCUUUCUUUCCUCCCUGGCUAUGCCUUCAUUUUGUAGAAAUGACUGAUUUAUUGAUUGAUUAUCUGUAAAUCUUGACUUAAAAUCAAACAGAGAUUGUCAUCAAUCACCAACUGGAAACAAAGUGUCAUCCUCAAGUUGUAUUGAUAGAUCUGAGAGAACUAGAGAGGUGUAGUUUGGUGACAUAGCUAUUAGACACCAAUUCUGUUUUGCAGAUUAUCAAAAUUGUCUGGGGACAUGACAAUGGUGUUUUAAACAUAAGUAUUAACUGAAAACACAUUUCCAAAUUAUAAUUGGGUUUGGUUUGACAUUUCUGAAGAUCACAGACGAGUUUGCUUACAGUGGAUUAUAACUCCCAGCAGCUUUCAUCAAGCGGAUUUGGAAAUAAAUCCAUAUAAAUGACACUUAAGAUCUAAAAUCCCCAUAUCCAAGAAAUACUUAAAGGGAAAUCCAAGAAGUAUCAGAUCAGGCACAGGGGAAAUGAAGAUGCUGCUGUGGUUCCAUUAGAUGGGAUAGUGUUGACAAAAUGUGAGUCAAACAUGUAAAUUAAUGUACUAUGCCGCAUUCAAAACAUAAUGUUUAUGAGACAUUGUGGUUGUUUUCCUGAAGACAAAGAAUAUAUUUAUUGACAGGAUUUUAACCUGUAAUGUACAGUAUAUCAAAUCUGAAAGUAAGAAUUUGUAUUCGUUUAUGCUAUUGAGAUAUUAGUGUAAUACAGAAAAUAAGUUUUUGUACAAAAAA